AUGAAGAACGUCUGGGAACAAAACUUUGCUGUGAGUGCAAUCAGCAGAGAGCCUGUGGUAUCAAAGACUACGCACAGGGGAGAGAAUGACAGGCUUGAGUAUGCUGUGUCGUCUAUGCAGGGUUACCGUGUAAACAUGGAGGAUGCUCAUGCAACCAUUGGAGAUUUGGAUGUUUCCACUGCCACAUCAUUCUUUGGUGUUUAUGAUGGCCAUGGAGGACCUGCUGUAUCAAUGUUCUGUGCGCGACAUCUUCAUGUUGAGGUUCGGAACCAUCCAGGGUUUAAAGACAAUCUGCCUACUGCAGUGGCGAGCGCUUUCGUCAGAAUGGAUCAGAUGAUGAUAACGGAGGAGGGACUGAGGGAGUUAUCUCGGUACGGUUUUCCUAGUAGGAAAUUAACUGUCAAGGAUAAGUUAAUGAGUUGUGCUUGUUUGACAGUGAAGAAACACACCGGGCCAAUAGAUGUGGGAAGUACCGCCUGUGUGGCUCUCAUUAGAGGCGACCAGAUCAUUGUUGGAAAUGCUGGUGAUUGUCGUUGUGUGCUCUCACGGAAUGGUCAGGCAAUUAUUUUGACCACCGAUCACAAACCAAGUGUUCCGGCUGAAAAACAGAGAAUAGAGAAUGCUGGACGUUCCGUAACAGUUACUGGAGGUGCCAGUCGUAUUGAUAAUGGAAUUGCAGUCUCAAGAUCAAUCGGUGAUAUGAGGUACAAAACAAAUAGUCGGUUAACCCCUGCACAGCAAGCAUUGACUAGUUCUCCUGAAAUUCGCUUGGAAAAAAUAACCGAUGAUACUGAGUUUCUUGUUAUGGCAUGCGAUGGAGUCUGGGAUGUAGUGCUGAACCAGGGUUUGAUUGAAAUUAUACGCGGGAACAUGAAAUCUGGGAAGGACCUGGGGAAGAUAUGUGAGGCCAUUCUUGAUAUGUGCGUAGAACCACCUCAACCAUCGGUGGAUAACAUGACCAUCCUACUGGUCCGGUUUAAGCACAACGCCCAAGCUCCUGCCAGGAGCAAGGCCAAGGAGCAGUCCGGCAACGAUGACGACCUGCACGGCAAGAGAAAGGGCAAAGCUGCCGCCGCCCCUAAACGCAGAAGCUUCUGAACCUGAGACACAAAUACACAGAGUUGGUUUUUGCCGUCUCUUUUGACCUCAGAAUAUGAGCCAAGAGUGGAGAAACUUAACCUUGAUUUCUCUGCAUACUAGGAUGAGUCCGUAUGAGUUAGUAAUUUUGUCUUACCAGGGACGGCUUGAGAGCCGGCUCAGCU